AUGGCGGAUACUGCUCAGGAGAGACUCGCCGACUGUGGAGGCGAGCUGCUCAUUGGACCGCAUGGGGUCUUGACGCAGACCUGGGGCCAGGGGUUCGUGGUCGGCGCACUCGUCGUUCUCUUCUGCUUGACGAUAUCGAAUAUGCGACGAAAGGCACUGCUGCAUAUAUUGAUCCUCACUGAGCUAAUAUUGGCGUCCCUGCACGGUAUAUGGGUCUUUGUCGAGGGCCCUGCAUCUCCCUGGUAUCUGAGCGCAACAGCGACGACCCUGUACAUUUCAUAUAACCUUCACAGCAUCAUCAACUGGAUGAAGGUGAAGCCAUUUCUAUCCAGAUGGGGGAGCCGGUUCUACAUCGGCACUGUUAUUCUGGCCAUGCCUUACUGGGUCGCAUCGAUGUACCUGAACUUUGCAUACUUCAAUAAUCUCGGCACCGACGUAUUUCGCCGCACGAGACCCUGGGAGACUCUAUUCCGCGAGCCCUGGUGGGUGUUCACCGCGCUCUAUCUAGUCUACGUCAUCAAACGGUGCUACGGAUUCGGGGUGUGGGAGCUGGUGCGCUCCAAUGCACGGUUCUUCGUACUCCUCGCCUCAAUGGUCAUAUCCAUCGCUUUGAUGAUUGUUGAUGUCGUGGAUAUCUCAUUCUCUCCGUACUGGGGAGGGGUGAACCUGUACUGGCAGGUGUCUAUGAUUUUCAAGUGCAUGGCAGAUGCGGUCUUUCUCGACGACUUCAAGCAUGUCCUGGAUCGGCUCACGGCCAGAACAACCGGGAAUUUUCUGGGUCUACCCCCAGACAGACCCAAUCCGCCUGGCCAAUUUAUCACCGGGAACGAAAUCUUACUGAGCGGGUUAUCUUCCAAUUAUACCCAACGGAGCGAGGGGGAUGAGGAGAUGAUAGCCCAUAUCGAGGACCAGCAGUAUAGGCCUGUUAUUCGACCUCGGAAGGCACAUCUAAACCUGCACCAAGGCCCUCCAGCCUUUGUCGUUAAGGCUUGA